AUGAGGCAGUUCGAUCCGUGGCCCGUGUUCUUCAAGAGGGAGUGGGGCAGGAACUGGCCGUUCUUGGCGGGUUUGCCGUCACCGGCUACAUCGUCACGAAGGUUUCGCUCAGCCUCAGUGGUAAGUUUUUUGGGUCCCCCUUUCUUCCGCUCCUACGAGGUCCUUCGAGUUUUCUGCUCCGUUCCCUCGUCCCUUUCAUUCUGUUUUAUUUUUCUAUUUUUUUCCCAUCCCCCUGCAGAAGAGGACGCCAAGAACUCGCCGUUCGUUCAGAAGCAUAGGAGGUCAGGGCUCUUGAUCCAGCUAUUCCAAUGCUCUCAUUUUUUAUUUACUCGAUCAGCUUUUCUGUUGACAUUAUUGUGCGUUCAGAGAAAUAGAAAACGGGCUUCGUUCUCACGAUUCAUUGAAUUUUGACUGGGUAUUUAACUUAUAGAUGUUAGUGAACUGAGAGAUCGUAUCAGUGGAUUAAUUUUUUUUGGCGGAAUUGAAUUCGAAGGUGAGCGAUUUUAGUGGGAUCUGUUUAUUUCCUAGAGAUUCAAUUACUCUGCAAGUAUUUAACGUGAUGGGCUGGUCUACUAUUGUCCUAGGUGUUUUUUUUUUUUUUUCUGAGUGUUUUGAUCGACAGAAUUUUGUUGCUAUUGUUGCUCCCCAUAGUCAUUACGGGACAUCACAUAGCAAGCAUGUUUGAAUCCAUGACCAUUUCCAUCGACCCCAUGAAAUCCUGGCCUUCCUUUCCUGUCUUCCGUGGCCUGAACAGUUGUGGUCGAGUUUUCUUACCUGUACUAGUUCAUAGAGGAGGGCAAAUGUGCGAUGAUAGAAUGGAGAAAAUGGAAGUUUCAACGAGGUAAAAGGGGUAGGGGGAUAAAUUAGAGUCUAAUGAAGUAGAAAUGCGGUAUGAUGCAAUUUUUUGGACCUGUGGGAGAGAAGUUACGUUGACUUCAGUCACGCAUCUUAUAUCGUGGGUGUGCCAGUGUGUACCAUCUUCGUUUGGGGGAGAUCAUCAGUACUAAUGGUUGAUACUUGUUAACGCUAAUUAUGUGGAAGCUCACCAGUCUUGUGGGUGGUGGGGAGUUUUAUUUUUCAUAUAUUUCCUAAUCAGUAGAGAGCGUUGGGAGUUUUAGGUGUUUGUGACCGUUGGAUGAAGAUGCCAGCAUUCAUCCCUCUGCAAGAUUGGCCUGAGGUCUUGAUGAUUCAAGUCAUUUCUGCUUAAUCUUGCCAGAAAUUUUGCAUGCCAUGUGAUUCGAGUAAGAAAGAAAUCUGGGGUAAAUCUGUCAUUUUAGGUCUUGAGGAAAACGGGUGUUCUCGGGGUCUGCUUAGAAUUGAACCCUUUUUUUUUUUUUUUGAAAUCUUUUGGAGGAAUUCCUUGAGAGGAGGAAUCUUAGCCAAAAAGAUCACGAGAGGGUUCGGACCAUCUGCAGGUUUUGGUGCACUACUUUGGAUCAGUCUAGUCCCCAUUCUCUCUUGAAUACGUUCUAUUAUGGGUGUCAGUGAGACCCUCAGUCCAGUCCAGUCCUUUAUACCAAAGUAUGAGAGAGAGAGAGUCAACAGCGUGGGCGAGAAAGAGGUGUCUCACCCACGCUGUUGACUAGCUCCAUAGCGUGUUCCUGAUGUAGCUCCGUUUUGUGCAGGUGAGCAAUCUGAAAGCCCGGACGUCCUCCGCGCGUUGCAUGUGUCCCAUUUGGCUAUCUUCUUUUCUCCUCAUUCACGAGCCUCAAAUGUCACCAGACAGCACAUUUUCAAUCUUCCGUAAGCUACGAUGAGCUGA